UGGACCCGGUCACUAUCAGGCUUGGUGAAGAAACAUACGGAUUUUGAGGUACUUACUUUCCGUCUUUGGCAACUGUUAUUACUCAGACAAGAGAACUCUUCUGAGAAACAACUCUCACACACAUUUGGACCCUUUACUAUUGUUUGUUGGUAGCCACCGGGAUUUCAGAGAAGGAUGUAAGACUGUUUCGCAGGUUUGCUGUAUUCGAGUUGUAAAAAAAGUCCCGAGGAAGUUACGGGUGCACCGGACCGUCAACCAGGUAGCGCAAUAGGAACUUACGGGUGGAAAAGGCAUUUGCAACGGCGUCAGUGUUGAGUGUCGUCUCGGUCGGAGUGUAGAGCAAGGACGGAGGAAACCCAGGACGGAGUUUCAUUCGAGAUUCUGGUCAGUAGACUAGACUAGAGAAAGGACAAUUUCAGCAAGCAUGGCCAGGUUUUAUAUGAGUGUUCUCGCUUGGAUGUUUUUGGUUUCGACAGUCGUUGGAGAAAGGACUUUUCCAGGAAAAUGCGGUAUGUCGCACGCCUGUUCGCAGAUUUGUAAGAACCUAAUGGGAAUGGAGCGCUACCGGUGCGCAUGUGAAUCCGGCCACAUACUGGCUGCUAAUGGCUUCCUAUGCAUGAAUGAAGAAACACUCGAUGAUGAGAUCGACAUAGAUACGAUUCCCAAAGAUCCCGAAACCCCGAUCCCUGACUUGGAGGAUGAAGUCAAGGACGAUCCUCAGGGGAGCGGAGCUCCUGAAGGUAGCGGGGACCAGGAGGAGAGUGGGAGCGGUGAUGAGGAAGAAGGCGGUAGUGGGGAUGGAGUUACCGAAAUGGGGACGACGAUGUCUUGCGAGGAGUACGAUUGCGUCAAUGGAGGGAGCUGUUACAUGGAUGAGAUGAUGAGUAAACCAAUGUGCCACUGUCCUCUUGGAUUUGAAGGACAGAUGUGUGAAUCAGCCGUUUUCGUCAAGUUCCCAAGUUUCCAGAGCCACUCCUUCAUGGAGUUCCCCACCCCCUUUGGACUCUACAGAACAUUCCAGAUCAGUAUAGACUUCAAGCCAGAGACGCUAGAUGGUCUGCUUCUAUUCUGUGGGGACCAGGACAGCACUUCGGGUGAUUAUUUCUCCAUUGGUCUUGUCCAAGGGAGGAUGGUUUUAAGGUAUGAACUUGGUGGGACUAGUCCGGCCAUUAUUACAAGUAACUUGGUGGUAUCCCUUGGUAAAUGGCACACAGUCACCGUCAAUAGAGAUAACUGGAACGGCUGGAUCCAAGUCGAUGAGGAGCAACCUGUUAAGGGAAAGUCAAAGGGGUUGUACUCUAAGCUUACACUGCGUAGCCCAUUGUACCUCGGCGGUCACAGUAACUAUACAGCACUGGACGACAUUGGCAUCAAUGUGGGAUUCUCAGGAUGCGUAGAAAGACUGGUCAUCAAUAACGUGGACCAAGAUAUGAGGCAGGAACCAAGAGGGUUCGCUGUCGCUGGAAUCGAUGUGGGUGAAUGCAGCAGUGGUCUCUGUGACGAGGGAAUGUGCAGUAACGGAGGGUCCUGUGUCGCCCAGUCCGCUAGCCGCUACCUGUGUCUUUGCCCAUUAGGGACGGCCGGACCCACAUGCGAGAAAGAUGUACUUCUCCACAUCCCAUCUUUCAACGGAACCUCUCACCUCGUCCAUCAGAGUCUCGGUAAGAACCACCUGUCCUUCCUGGAGAUUGAAGUUGUAUUCCGACCCCAUGAGCUAACAGGUGUGCUCCUCUACAGCGGACAGAAAUUGGACCGCUCAGGAGAUUUCGUCUCGUUAGGCAUGUCUGAUGGCCAUGUUGAAUUCAGAUUUGAUUGCGGAUCGGGGCCAGCUGUGCUAAGAACCUCAGAGCCAAUAGCCCUCAACAAGUGGCACAUUGCUGUAGCCUCGCGUACAGCUCGUGACGGCACCCUGCAGGUCGACAAACGAAAGGUCAUCGAAGGGAUGGCAGAGGGCGCCUUCACACAGUUGACCUUUGCCGGUGACCUCUUCAUCGGUGGUGUGGAAGACCAGGCACACAUCUCGCACAAGGCAGACAUUGGAACAUCAUUUGUUGGAGAUAUUCAGAAGGUGAUCAUUAACGACAAACCUCUGGAUCUGAUUGAUGAAGCUUUGCGAGGAGCCAACGUGAUGAACGCUGAUCACCCCUGCGUGGGUUUCCCAUGUCAGAACCGGGGAGAAUGCGCAGCGCAGCAUUCUACGUAUUCUUGCCAGUGUCCCCUGUGGUUUGAGGGCAUCAAUUGCGAACAAGAGAUAGAAGGAGAGGUGAAGGUACCUUCAUUUCAAGGUAGUAGCUACCUCAGGUUUACCAGUGACUGGGCCAUGAGAAGAGUUGGGGGAACUGACAACAGCAUCCAGCUUGAGUUCCGAACAUGGAGCUCCGAUGGUCUGAUGUUCUGGGCGGGACGUGAUGUCAUGAAACCUACCAGUGAUUUCAUGUCACUGGGACUCGAUAACGGCAUGCUCAAAUGGAGUUUUAACUUGGGCAGUGGUGCUGUGUCAGUACUAACCAAUAAGACAUUUAAUGAUGGUGACUGGCAUAAGGUGAUCAUCCAGAGAAACAAAGCAUCAGGAACUAUUGUGGUCGAUAAAGGAGAGGGCCAUAUGGCUUCAGCGCCGGGAGCAAUGAAAAGCCUCGAUAUUAACAACGGCAUUUUUCUAGGUGGAAUGAAAGAUAUUGCGGAGUUGUCUUUCGAACGAUACACCGUUGGUUUCCUCGGCUGCAUACGUAACGUUUUCCUUGAAGGCGAAACGCUUGAUUUAUACCAACAACCUUCCGAAGGACGUAAUGUUAAUCACUGCGCUUAAAAUUAUCAACUUUGGUCGCCCAUUUUCUGUCAAGUUUUCUCUCAUAUUAAUGUACUCUUUUCAAUUUUUUUUUUUUGUGAGUGUUUUUUAUUUUUGUCUUUUUUUGUUAUUCAAUGAGUAAAAGCCUAGUUCAUACUCCGUGCAAAUGUGACGCGAAUUUUGACAUCACAAAUUUGCAACAGUUGAACUGUGCCGUCAAAAUUCGCAAGAAGUCUGAACUGGGCAUUAGUGUUAUCACACAUUUGGAGGAUUUCUUGUCUGCCUGUGACAUACAAUAAUGGUGCAAGUCGAAUAUGAGUGUUUUACUCAUAAACAUUGUAUUUAGUAACAAACACGUUUUUAUAUAUAAACAAAAACAUCUUUCUUACUAGCUAUAUUAAUUAGUGUUGGACACUUUCGUAAUGUUGGAUUGAAUACCUAUGAUCUCAUAGAUCGUUAAAGAAGUGUUCAAAUCCUAUAUGAGUAUUUUUUUAUUAAGAUUAAGAAGUGUUUAAAGAGUUUUUGUGUUUUGGGCAUAUUAAAGUUUUUUUUAUUUUUUUUUUAUGCUAAAAAACCCACUCAAAUAAAAUGAAAAUUUUAUAGACCUUGCAUUAACAUCAUCCAGCUGCCAUUUUAGAGGUAGCCAAUGAAAUCGCACAAAUACGCAUGAUGUACAUGAUUGGCCAAUGAACAACCUCCAUUUGACCUCUAGGUGAGGGCGCCCUACUUAAAUACCAUCAUGCAUACAAGGUGUAGAAAGAAUGUAUAAAGUCCUAGUAUUUGGAAAGCCAAAGUUUACAGUAGAUUUGAUCCUACAUUUUUUCAUAAAUCACACAACUCUGUAAAUUUUUCGGUCAAACCUUCUAAAUAGUGCCCUCGCUUGAUAAGACACAACAGUACUUUAACCACGC